GCCGGUAGAGGGCUUGGUGUGGUCACGUGACCGGAAUUAAAGAUGUCUGCUACAGAAGAAGACACUGAGCUCAGAGACCUUCUGAUUCAAAAUUUGGAAAACAAUGGCGUUCUUAACAAGAUUAAGGCUGAGCUUCGAGCUGCUGUAUUUCUGGCUUUAGAGGAACAGGACAAAGUUGAGAAUAAAACUCCACUUGUAAACGAGAAUCUGAAAAAGUUUCUCAGCACUAAAGACGGACGCAUUGUGACCAGUUUAAUCACAGACUUUCUGCAAGUGUUCAAUCUGGACUUCACCCUUGCAGUUUUUCAGCCAGAAAUUAACACGGUCAGUGGACUGGACAGUCGUGAAAGUUUGUCCAGGGAGUUUGGCUUCUCUGAAUCUGAGGGGAAUAAGAGCACACCUCUGCUCCUGGAGUUAAUUAAGAGAGGAAGAAACAAGGAGAAACUCUCCAUUUACUCAGAGGCAGAUCGGGACAGAACACGUAUUCCCAAGGAACUGUCUCUUCGUCAGAUUGCUGAAGCACAAAAAAAAUAUGACUGCAAAUGCAAGGAUAGGAGUGGUGGUUUAAGCAAAGACGAAGUCAUUGCCGUUUUCAUAGAGCUUUUCCCCAGUUUUAGCCGAGGCAUGCUGGAACAAUUUGUGGCUGAUGAACUCAGAGCAAAAGAUACUUCUGUAGACUUUCAGGAAUUCUUGGGGCUAAUCAAACAGCUUUACUGUCAGUGCAGAAGUCUGGUUGCCAGUGAUGGGAGUGCUGGAGUUCACUCUGUGAGUAAAGUUACUGAGGAGAAGAUCAGUUCAUCACCUACCAGCAAGAUACCCAGGUAUAAGGGAUUUAUAAAGGCCAGUGCAGCACAGGAAGAGCCACCUGGGUUUCAGGCUGGAGAACCACCAAGUCACAGUGAGUCACUGAUCUUUCAGAAGAGCAGAGCUUUUGUGGCCAGUGAAGGGUUUAUAACCAGCAGAAACGAACCCUCGGCCCUGAGGAGACCUCUAGACCUGGGCCUGGAGGACGAUGAUGAGGAAGGGGACUCAUUCUUUGAUGAUCCUCUUCCGAAACCUCAGAAAACCUAUGGCUGUAGUUUACCCUCCACUGAUAAGCCAUACUCAGGGCAGAGACUUUCUGAAAAGAGCUUUAGUCAGAAAGAUUUGUCUGCUAUUGGCAGUGACACUGAGGGUGAUGGAGAGGACAUGUUCUCAGAUGCUGAGAACAAGCCCAGCACUAACUCUGAGCCCAGGAGAUCAGGAUCCACAAAGCCAGUUGGUUUAACUCCUUCACUCCUGUCCGAUACCUCACUGUUAAAGAGUGCAGAACACAACCUAAAAGACACUGUCCCCAGUAAAGAUGACUCUAAAGAAAAGGGCCUUCAGGGUUUAAAAACUCUGAAUAAGAAAGCUGGAUCCCCUCUGCCCGCAGACGAAGAGCUUGAUUACGAUGAUGACUUCAACAGUCACAACUCAAAGACUGAGCUGAGCAUCAGUGAGGAGAUCGAAGAGGCCUCCAUCGAGGGACCAGAUCUCAGUGACAGGCUUGAAGAGAUCACUCAGGAUGUGAGCGUGUCUCAGACGAGUCAGGCUGCAGAUUACAUGGAAGACGUGGCGUGACAAGCACUAAACAGCUCAUCCUCUUUUUUUUUGUGUAUUUAUGUAAUUGUGUAAACUACAUGUCAGCAGUUCCUAUUAAAACUCGAUUGUUCAUGGUUGA